AUGCAUCAGUGCAAGGUUUGCCUCAAGUUGUUUCCCAGACCUAGCGGAUUGGCCACGCACAUGAAUUCCCAUUCCGGGGCCAAGCCGUACAAAUGUCCUAUUCCGACGUGCACGAAGAGCUUCGCCGUGCGAUCCAACGCCAAACGUCAUCUGCGCACGCAUGGCAUUUUUCCUACUUCGGACCACAGCAGCACUUCCCAGUCUCAAUUUACCGUGGGCUUCGACACGCCUCUAGUUUCCGAUGUGCACGAGGUCGGGAAGCUCCCGUCGAAGCUCCGGUGGAUUCCGCAGAGUUUGUCCACGCGCACGAACGUGGAGCACCUCAGGGAUGCGCCGUCUGACUCUGAGGAGGAGUACUUGCGGCCUUCCUGCCCUAUGCUGUCUGUUCCGCUGCCGCCUGUGAUAUCUUCUUCACCCACGUGGAAUCCAGACGAUCGCUAUGAGGAGCGCGACUCGUACGCGGAUGCGGAGACGAGCCCAUACAUCCCUAGUCAGGUACGCAUUCGUGGCCGGUGGAGUCUCAUCAUUCACGACUGA